AUGGCUGAGAAUACGCAGAAUGAUGUCGACGCGGAGGUGCCGCGGAUUCUCGCAGUCAACAUCAACUGCGCCGUCGGCCGGCUAGCUGACUACGGCAAAGACCUCUGGUACGCCAUCGAGCUUCACUCGAACCAUGAUGUCUUUACGAAGGACGUCGCACCUUCGCCCAGCCUUCUCGAAAUUCCUGUUGUGGACAAAAAGCCCUUCCUCGUUCAGCAUUUAGAAGGCCUGCAUCAGUACAACAGCGCAAUCCUGGACCGCUUUGGUGACGGAGAGGGUCCCCCGAAAGACAUGUACAGUCGGCGGGCAUUUGAGAGAUUCUGGAACGAGUACAAGGCCGAAAGAGCGGAUGAUUCGACUUGGAGGGAUGUCAAGUCACCUUAUGAGGUUUGA